UUGCCAUGUUUACGUCCUUCGAAAGUUUGGAAAACUCGCGUUGCUUCUGAUCGCGAAGAAAGUUUCUAUUUCUACAAAAUGUUGGCUAUACAAUCAACUAAUGCCGGUGGAAUACCUGACAAACUGUGGCAGCCACAUUUUGUCGCAUUUGAGACCACAAUGGGUGAAAUAACGAUCGAGCUUUACUGGAAGCAUGCACCAAAUACCUGUAGAAACUUUGCCGAAUUAGCAAGACGAGGGUACUACAAUGGAACACAGUUCCAUCGCAUCAUACGUGACUUCAUGGUACAAGGGGGUGAUCCUACCGGUACCGGCCGUGGCGGACAGUCGAUCUAUGGGGCAACGUUUGCCGAUGAAAUACAUUCCGAUCUGAAGCAUACCGGCGCGGGGAUAGUUUCGAUGGCAAACUCCGGACCCGACACCAACGGAUCGCAGUUCUUCAUAACGCUCGGGCCGACGCAAUGGCUUGAUGGAAAGCAUACAAUAUUCGGUCGUGUGCACUCCGGCAUGCAAGCAGUGAAGCGGAUAGGACUUGUGGAAACCGAUAAAAACGAUCGUCCUGUCGAAGCCGUGAAGAUUGUCAAAGGAAAGGUUGAAAAGUACUAGAAUAAAUCGGUUUUUGAUACACUAA